UUGGGCUGUCUCUAUAGUUUACUCCAACACCAUAGACUUGUAGCUCAGUGAUAGCACCCAGCCUUAACCGAUGCUUUAAGAAGAUGCUUGCCUUGGAUGUCAGUACCAGACGUGACUCCCCUGCAGCCGACACCACUUCAGACUCGAGCGAAUUCUCCAACAACCCAACAACACCAUGCGCAUGUCAGCAGACGACCAGCGGAGUGGAUAACCAGACGCUCGAGUCUAAACACGUGCAUCAGGUGUAUGCGGUAAUAGCCCCUAAAUGUAACCACAUCAAGCAGAUGGCUUGGCCUAAAGUCUGUCGUUUUUUACAAGGUUUACAGUACGGGGCACUGGUGGCCGAUGUAGGAUGUGGCAGUGGUCGAUAUCUAAACGUCAACUCGCCCCUGUACAGCGUGGGUUCAGACGUCUGCCUGCCCUUCUUGGAACAGGCCAGGGCCGGAGGUCACGAGGUCACCGCGGCAGACAACUUACGUUUGCCGUACCGAGAUGGCGUUUUCGACGCGGUGUAUUCAGUUGGGGUCAUUCAUCACUUCUCCUCACUAGAGAGAAGAAUCCAAGCAUUGAAAGAACUUUCUAGAAUUCUCUCGUCCAAUGGACAGCUCUUGAUUUACGUUUGGGCCUUCGAACAGAAAUACAGAAAGUUUGAGAGUCAAGACAUCCUCAUUCCCUGGAAAAAGCCGAAGUCAAAUGGACUAAAUAGAACAGUCGCCAAUAUGUAUGGGCAGGUUAUUGGUGCUCCUGCGUAUCAAGAAAGUCAGUCACUACCUAGACAAGAGUAUGUCAACACUGGAGUAUCAUCCAAAAUGAAAGUGCGCAACCCUGCGAAUCGUCUAUAUACUCAACAAACGUGCGAUCUUCCGCCGGAAAGUGGAUACAAUAUAACGGAUUGUACAAACAAUGGGACGGACGACAGUAGCGAUCUUCAGGAAGGUGUGGGUCUACAAUCAUGUCGUGUUCGUAAGCUGGGACACCCAACGAACUUCAGCAAUAUGCUCAUAUCAGAUUGCCGCAAAUUGGGGAGAAUGCUCCGCAGUUUAUCGCAGAAAUCAAACUCCCAAAGCGAUGAAGAACCAACGGAGCAACUAAACCAAACAUAUAAUCUCAGUCCCAAUUUCCAAAACAUUCCCGAAGCUCAGAAGAGAAACCUGAGACAAAAAUACUCUCCGAGAUCUCGACGGCGAAAACGUGAUGUAAACACCACCGAGAAUUGUGUAUCAAACGGGAUGGGGGACUCUUUAACAAACGGUAUUGGGGAUGAGAUUCGGUCUUCGAUUUCAUCACAGUGUAGUAGAGCGAGCAGCACCGCUUCUGAAGAUUACUCUGAGGCGUCACACACGUCUUAUGAGAUAACCUCCCGUUUGUGGUCGGAGAGUGAGACUUCUGAACAACCACAAAGUGAUCGGCUACAACAGCCACCAGACCGGACGGAGGAGACACCGGAAAUAUGUGAACUUAUACCGGAAUCUGUGCCUGAUCAAGCGCUUACGGCAUCGCAUGUCAAAACGACAUUUCCGGAAAAUGUUAAAAAUAUGCUUCGAAAAUUGACGCACAGUUUUCACCCAAAUAAAAAACAACCGCAAGCGGAAUCAACAGUUAUCAAAGAAGAUAAUAACAGUAAUAUAAAACAAGAAUGUGAUUCGAAAAUACCUGUAAGUUUAAUUGAUUCUUUAAAAACUAGGAAAACGGAAUUAAAACAGGCGGACGAAAAGAUGAAUCUCUCCGACGCUAUGACGUUGCUAGGAGACGGUGUACCGGAAGAUCUAAUCCUAGAUCAACUGGAUUUCACGGCUAGGCUUGUCUUUCACCAGAUGAAACAAACAAACUUCGCCAUUCGGAAAUUUCCGCUCAGCAGUGUUGACAAUCUUGAUGAAAACAACGCUAGAUCAGCGCCACCUGUACAUCCGCCAGCUGUUACGUCAUGUCCGCCUCAGGAUAUAUUUGAAGCUUCUGCUCCAUUCAACGAUAUCAAGCAAAAAAUUGAAAUGAAUUAUAACGGAAAUAAACAAUGGACUAACAAAAAGAUCGAAGAUAAUACACACAUUGUGUCAAUGUUCGAUCCUCUUAGGGACCAGUACAAGUUAAAUGGUGACAUUAAAAAACAUAGUCCCAUCCCUAAAACUGUUGUUACCAGUCGCUAUCCUUUUAGGAAAGUAUCCAAAAAUGUAUCGGCCAGUGAUUCAUUUACAAGCAGCAACGUGUCUAACAUCGACUUGACUAGUGACUCUCAGACAAGCGUCCACGUCCCCAACACCACCUUGACCAAUGACUCCCAAACAAGCAGCCAACUCUCCACCACCGACGCGACCAGUAACGCUAAGACGUCAAACAGCCGCGUCACAAGCGACUCGACCAGUGACUCCACGACCAGCGGCAGCUCAUCCAGCACAGACGCCUCCAGCGAAGACUCUGACUCCACCGAGGACUCCGACUCCACCGAGGUCUCCGACUCCACCGAGACCUCUUACGCCACCGAAUCUGAAGUCAGUACUAGCAACCGACCCGUAUACAAAACGGCCGCCUUAAAACAUUCCUCAAAACUUUACCUCAACCCAUCCUUGCUCGGCGGCUACACCAACCCAACAAACACCCACGAAUCCCCGUUUACAAAAAAACAUCACCACCCUGGAAACCAUCCUGUACACUAUCAUAAUAAAAUUUUAAAUUCACGUUUGGAACAAUUUACCGCGCCGGAAAAAGAAACGAGGUCUCGCCGCCGCAACAGAAACUCAAACGUCAACCACUCCAGCAUUAUGAAAGGUAUACUAAUGGGCAACACGACUGAUGUGGGAUCCAACCCUACCACAAACCACAUCAAAUCAACAAACACGCCAUCAAACAGAAGUACCGCACCUGAUAAACAGAGGAAUAAAAUAAAAAAGAAAAAGCCCACUAAUAAAUUGCAUUUAAACGAAACAAAAGACGCUUUAGCAGAAGGGGCAGAUAACUCCUUGAGCCGCUAUUAUCACGUCUUUAAACAAGGCGAGCUCGAGGGUCUUAUCAACGGGCAUGUGCCGUCUCUAGAGAUCACAAAGUCGUUCUACGAUCACGCCAACUGGUGUGUCAUUGCUAAAAAGUUGGCGCAGUGACAGAAUGACACGGGUAGAAUGUUCAAGGAUAUC